AAAGAGAAAAAUGUGAUUACACUAUUAAAUACAUAUCGUUGAGAUUUAGAAAUUUUAUUAGGAAUUAAAUGGAGUAAGAAGAUAUAAUUAAAGAAGUUUGCAGGCGGUAGUUGUGGUUUUGACUGUAGAUUUGAGUUGGCAAAAGAGAGAAGAGAAGAAAGGAGAGAGUCAAGCAUGAUGUUAGGAAACAAACAAGUUGUGUUGAAGAAUUAUGUUGAAGGGUAUCCAAAAGAGAGUGAUUUUGAGUUACGAAAGUCAAUGAUAAGUAGCGAUAUUCCACAAGGAUCAAGGGGUUUGUUUGUGAAGAAUCUUUACUUGGGUUGUGACCCUUAUAUGCGCCACAGGAUGUCUCAUCAUAUAUCCGAGGAUGUUCCUUUACUUGCCUCAUUCAAUCCUGGUUCUGUCAUUAUUGGACUUGGUGUGGCAAAAGUUAUUAAAUCAGCAGAUGCAGAUUUUGAGGAGGGGGAUUAUAUCUGGGGAAUGACUGCUUGGGAAGACUAUACUUUGAUUCUUAAUACUAAUGGACUUUUCAAUAUCAAAUAUACCGAUGUGCCUCUCUCAUACUAUGCUGGAAUUUUAGGUAUGCCAGGACUUGCAGCCUAUAUUGGUUUUAAUAAUCUAUGCUCCGCAAAGGAAGGGGAUGUAGUUUAUGUCUCGUCUGCAGCAGGAGGAGUUGGUCAGCUUGUUGGACAAUUUGCGAAAAUGAAAGGUUGCUAUGUCGUUGGCAGCGCUAGUACUGAUGAAAAGGUAUGUCUUUUAAAAUCACAACUUGGCUUCGAUGAUGCUUUUAACUACAAGCAAGGAAAUGAUCUUGCCGGAGCCUUGAAAAGGCAUUUCCCCAAUGGUAUUGACAUUUACUUUGAGAACGUUGGAGGAAAUAUGCUGGAUGAAGUGCUUUUGCACAUGAACCUCCGUGGUAGGAUUGCAGUUUCUGGGAUGAUCUCUCAGUACAAUUUAAAGAAACCAGAUGGUAUCCACAAUUUGUUUUGUCUUAUCUCAAAGAGAUUACGAAUGGAAGGUUUUUCUGAGUUUGACUUCCGGCACAAGGUUCCAGAGUACCUCGAGUUUGCUAUUCAGCUUAUAAGAGAGAAAAAACUGCUUUUUGUAGAAGACAUUGCUGAGGGUUUAGAAAAUGCUGCAUCAGCUUUGGUUGGUAUUUAUCAUGGGCGAAACGUUGGAAAGCAGAUUAUUCAAGUUUCAACUGACUGAGAACUUGAAGAAUUUGGGUGAAAAACAAAAAAAAUACCGUGUUUCAUUUAUCCUUGCUAUCAGACAUUGUCAAAGCAAUAUGCUGAGGAUAUUGAUUUAGUCCUCCUUCAGUAAACUGUUGUAUUAUUUAUUUUUUUGUGGUGAAAACGUUGCAGAGUGUAUUUUUUUCAUUUUAGAAGCCUAAAAAUGAUAAUUUAUUUAACUAUGGAAGUAAGUGCUUAAAGGCUAAGAUUGGCAUUUGUCUCCCAUGUAAUAAUUGAUUGAAAGAUCAUAUGACAGUAGACAGUCUUGGUCUCAAA